UAAGAUUUCUUAACAUUCAACUUCUUAAAAAAGAAUAGACCAGGAAGGGAAUAAGCUUUCAGCCUUCUUUAAAAGUCAUGGAACAACGUACACAAUUUUGUCUUUUAGGAUUGGUAUUCUUUUUGUUUUACUGUUCACUUUGCGAACCUAGAAAGCUUGAGGGCUAUGAAUUCCCGGUAUUUUCAACUGAAAGCUGUCCCCGAAAUCAUGCCGAGUGGAACGAGAGAUCUUCUAUUAUCAACUGUACCCAGAGUAAUGGCUACACAUGUUUACCUAACGAAAACUUCACAGAGCUGUUAGAGUUUUGCUACGUAUAUCCUCGGAUAUUAAUUACAAAAGGCAUAUGCCUUUACCUUUACAAACGAUAUUCGAGAGUGAAUUCAUACAACUGCAGUCACUUUAGAUAUGGAUGUCCUGAUUCCAAUUAUUUUACAUCUGAAGUAUAUAAUUAUCCAACUUGUAUAUCUAUUAAAGAUGGAUGUUUCCUUGCCGAGCCAUCUUGUGAGAGCACAACAAUAACUUAUCCAAAGGAAACUUACCGGGAAUGGAGUGACAGUUCUACUAUAAUAUACAAAGAAACUACGAAACAUAUACAUGUACAGAAUGAGCUUUCCAACGACAGAUUCAUCGAGAUUCUUUUAGGAGCCGUUAUCUGCAUUUUGGUUGUGUCAUUCUCCAUCAUUUUGUAUAUCUGCCGUAGAAGAAGAAAUUUCUCAAAGGGGAAAAGAGAGACUGAUAUAGAGAUUAAUAACGACGAACUAAAUCCAUUCAUAGAAAACCCAAAGCUAUAUAAUGUGGAUACAACCAAGGAAGCGGUUCCAUUGUUGGACAAUUCGUAUAAUCAACAAAAUACAGUGGCUGAAGAAGACAUGGCGCUUCCAUUGUUGGACAACUUGUAUAAUCAACAAAAUACAGUGACUGAAGAAGACAUGGUAUUACGCUUUGAAAAUGCAGUUCUUGAUCAAUGGAGAGAGGACGACACCUUCUUCUUUUCAACCAGAGCAUGUAAAGAAGUCGAGAGCAAAAUAAAAAAACAAAACCUGGUGAUUGUGACAGGACACUCCGGAUCCGGAAAAUCUGCUAUUGUUCAACAUAUUGCACUCAAGUACAAGGAUCAGGGCUGGAUUGUGAAACCAUUGAAAGGUGUGAUGGAAAUGAUAAAAUACAUCUUAGAACAAGAAUGUAAUUUGAACUCUACAAUAUUAGUACUUAACGAUCCUAUCGGAAAAGAUUCAUUCGAUAAAGCAUCAUAUCUUUCUUGGAAAGAAUCUGAACUAGCAAUAUUUACCUUUUUAAAAAAGGGAAAACUUCUUAUUUCUUGUAGAAAUUAUAUUCUUUUUGAUGAUAAAGUGAAAGGAGUUUUACAGGAAAUAACAAAUAUCGUAAACAUCGAAGAUGUCCAGUAUAAAUUAACUAAUGAAGAAAAACGAAGCAUUUGGAACAAAUACAUGUCAAAUGACAAAAUAUCUGAGGAGGAUUUUGCUGAAAUUCUAAAUACUGAAGCGUAUUUUCCGUUAUUGUGUAAACUUUUUUCUUCUGACAUAAAAUAUCAAAGUGACAGAUAUAGAUUUUUUAAAGAGCCCGUAAAGGUCGUUGAAGAGCAAAUAAGAUGUUUUAGAAAGGAGGACAGAGGGAAGUACUGCGCCCUUGUUCUUCUUGUUCUUUUUAAUAAUAACUUCCGCUGUGAUGAUGCAGUGAGGAAUGAGCUCUUAAGUUACAAAUUUAAACGUGCAUUGACCAUGUGUGGAUUGCCGCAGGAUACCCCACUUUAUGAUAUUAGUGACAAUCUUGACCUUCUAAAGGGAUUUUUUGUCAAAAAAAUUGGCGAUGCUUAUGAGUUUUAUCACGAUUUCGUUAUGGAGGUGACAAGUUUUAUUCUUGGAAAGGAUUAUCCAGCAGAAUUAACACAAUAUGCCGAUAUUAGGUUCCUUCUUAGACGAGUAACCUUAUACAAUGGCAGUGAACAGAAUCGGGCGUUUACCAUAUAUUUAAGUGAUAGGAAUAUAGACGUACUUGGAGAGAGAUUUUUUAAGGCCUUUUUCGAAGAAUGUUAUAUAGAAGUUAUACUUCAUCCUGCUUUAAGGGAUAAAAGAUUAAUAAAAGUACUACUAGAAAAAUUCGAAAGACACCCAAAGAAGCUACAAGAGUUACUUCAAACCAAAAAGAGUAUGUAUGACGAUCAUAAACAGUAUUGGCCGAAUACAGAUGACACGGUGUCGAAACUUGCCUUCUUGGCUUUGGAAAAUGAAUUUUCGCCUUUCUGUGCACUGGUGGCAUUUUGUCAUUCUGAAUUGUCAGUCUAUUGUUUUAAAACUCUAUACCAAUCAAACACUGAUUUGAUCGGAAAAUAUUUGAUAUCUGCAGUAUGUUGUAAUGGCUCAAAAGAUUUCUUAAAAAUGUUUUCGGAUAAAUACAUCAAAGAUUCGUUGACAAAAGCGUUUGGAGGCCUAUUUCCCAUUCACAUUACAGCCUUGUUUUAUAAUUUUGAAAUUCUGCAUGAGCUGAUUCAUUUAGGUGCUGAUGUGAACAUGAUAACAAAAAAUGAAAAAAAGUGGACACCUUUAAUGAUUGCUGCAAGUCGAGACGAUACCAAGCCUAAAGACGAUGUUUAUAACAUGGGAACUUCAAAUAUAAUACGACGAAAACAAACUGUUCAAAUGUUGAUAAAUUACAAAGCAAAAGUUAACUUAUGUGCGGAAGACGGUGUUAGUUCUCUCUUUUUAGCUUGUCAAAACGGCCAUACCAGUAUGGUGGAAAUUUUACUCAACAAUGGAGCAUGCAUAAACCAAUGUACACAGGAUGGGGAAAGUCCCCUUUAUAAAGCAUGUCAAGAAAGACACAACGACAUUGUACAAAUUUUACUGGAAAAGGGAGCUGACGUUAAUUCAAGGACCGCCGAUUACAAAGUUAGUCCUCUUUACAUUGCUUGCCAAAACGGACAUGACAGCACUGUACAAACUUUACUUGACCACGGUGCUGACCUUAAUUUAUGUACCAGUUCUAGAGCUAGCCCAUUAUCCAUAGCAUGUCAAAAAGGAUAUAACAAUGCUGUUCAAAUUUUGAUAGGCAAAGGUGCAGUCGUUAACAUGUGCAAGUAUAAUGGCGCUAGUCCCCUCUGCCUAGCUUGCCAAAAUGGUCAUAUUAGCACGGUUAAACUUUUACUGAAUAAUAGAGCAGAUGUCAAUUUAUGUAAAGAAGACAAAACUAGUCCUCUCGUUAUAGCAUGCCAAAAUGGAAACGAAAACUUGGUACAACUUUUACUUGAUAACGGAGCAGACAUUAAUAUCUGUGACAAAGAUGGAUUCAGUCCUCUUUUAAUAGCUUGCCAGAAAGGAUAUAAUAAAGUUGUACAGCUUCUACUGACCAACGGCGCAAAUAUCAAUUUAUGUACAUUAGAGGGAUUUAGUCCUCUCGUUAUAGCUUGUGAGAACAGACAUGAGGAAACUGUACGAACUUUGCUAAAACACGGUGCUGACCUUAAUUUAUGUACCAGUUCUGGAGCAAGUCCUCUAUUUAUAGCAUCUCUAAAAGGAUUUAAUAGUUCUGUACAACUUUUAUUAGACAAAGGAGCAGCCGUUAACAUAUGCAAGAAAAAUGGCGCUAGUCCCCUCUACAUAGCUUGCAAAAAUGACCAUAUUAGCACGGUUAAACUUUUACUGAAUAAUGAAGCUAAUGUCAAUUUAUGUAGAAAAGACAAAACCAGUCCUCUCUUUAUAUCAUGCCAAAAUGGAAACGAAAACGUGGUACAACUUUUACUUGAUAACGGAGCAGACAGUAAUAUUUGUGACGAAGAUGGAGCCAGUCCUCUUUUAAUAGCUUGCCAGAAAGGAUAUAAUAAAAUUGUACAGCUUCUACUGACCACCGGUGCAAAUAUAUAUUCAUGUACAUUAGAGGGUUUUAGUCCUCUCGUUGUAGCUUGUCAGAACGGACAUGAGGAAACUGUACGAACUUUGCUAAAACACGGUGCUGAGGUUAAUUUAUGUACCAGUUCUGGAGCCAGUCCUCUAUUUAUAGCAUGCCAAAAUGGAAACGAAAAUGUGGUACAACUUUUACUUGAUAACGGAGCAGACAUUAAUAUCUGUGACGAAGAUGGAUUCAGUCCUCUUUUAAUAGCUUGCCAGAAAGGAUAUAAUAAAGUUUUACAGCUUCUACUGACCAACGGCGCAAAUAUCAAUUUUUGUACAUUAGAGGGAUUUAGUCCUCUCGUUAUAGCUUGUGAGAACAGACAUGAGGAAACUGUACGAACUUUGCUAAAACACGGUGCUGACCUUAAUUUAUGUACCAGUUCUGGAGCAAGUCCUCUAUUUAUAGCAUCUCUAAAAGGAUUUAAUAGUUCUGUACAACUUUUAUUAGACAAAGGAGCAGCCGUUAACAUAUGCAAGAAAAAUGGCGCUAGUCCCCUCUACAUAGCUUGCGAAAAUGACCAUAUUAGCACGGUUAAACUUUUACUGAAUAAUGAAGCAAAUGUCAAUUUAUGUAGAAAAGACAAAACCAGUCCUCUCUGUAUAUCAUGCCAAAAUGGAAACGAAAACUUGGUACAACUUUUACUUGAUAACGGAGCAGACAGUAAUAUUUGUGACGAAGAUGGAGCCAGUCCUCUUUUAAUAGCUUACCAGAAAGGAUAUAAUAAAAUUGUACAGCUUCUACUGACCAAAGACGCAAAUAUAUAUUCAUGUACAUUGGGUUUUAGUCCUCUCGUUGUAGCUUGUCAGAACGGACAUGAGGAAACUGUACGAACUUUGCUAAAACACGGUGCUGAGGUUAAUUUAUGUACCAGUUCUGGAGCCAGUCCUCUAUUUAUAGCAUGCCAAAAUGGAAACGAAAAUGUGGUACAACUUUUACUUGAUAACGGAGCAGACAUUAAUAUCUGUGACGAAGAUGGAUUCAGUCCUCUUUUAAUAGCUUGCCAGAAAGGAUAUAAUAAAGUUUUACAGCUUCUACUGACCAACGGCGCAAAUAUCAAUUUAUGUACAUUAGAGGGAUUUAGUCCUCUCGUUAUAGCUUGGGAGAACAGACAUAAGGAAACUGUACGAACUUUGCUAAAACACGGUGCUGACCUUAAUUUAUGUACCAGUUCUGGAGCAAGUCCUCUAUUUAUAGCAUCUCUAAAAGGAUUUAAUAGUUCUGUACAACUUUUAUUAGACAAAGGAGCAGCCGUUAACAGAUGCAAGAAAAAUGGCGCUAGUCCUCUCUACAUAACUUACGAAAAUGACCAUAUUAGCACGGUUAAACUUUUACUGAAUAAUGAAGCAAAUGUCAAUUUAUGUAGAAAAGACAAAACCAGUCCUCUCUUUAUAUCAUGCCAAAAUGGAAACGAAAACUUGGUACAACUUUUACUUGAUAACGGAGCAGACAGUAAUAUUUGUGACGAAGAUGGAGCCAGUCCUCUUUUAAUAGCUUGCCAGAAAGGAUAUAAUAAAAUUGUACAGCUUCUACUGACCAAAGGCGCAAAUAUAUAUUCAUGUACAUUGGGUUUUAGUCCUCUCGUUGUAGCUUGUCAGAACGGACAUGAGGAAACUGUACGAACUUUGCUAAAACACGGUGCUGAGGUUAAUUUAUGUACCAGUUCUGGAGCCAGUCCUCUAUUUAUUGCAUGUCAAAAAGGAUAUAACAGUUCUGUACAACUUUUAAUAGACAAAGGAGCAGUCGUUAACAAGUGCAUAUUUAAUGGCGCUAGUCCUCUCUACGUAGCUUGCGAAAAUGACCAUAUAAGCACGGUUAAACUUUUGCUGAGUAAUGAAGCAGAUGUGAAUUUAGGUAGAAAAGACAAAACCGGUCCACUCUUUAUAGCAUGCCAACUUUAUCUUGAUAACGGAGCAGACAUUAAUAACUGUGACGAAGGUGGAACCAGUCCUCUUUUCAUAGCUUGCCAGAAAGGAUAUAAUGAAAUUGUACAGCUUCUACUGACCAACGGCGCAAAUAUCAAUUUAUGUACAUUAGAGGGUUUUAGUCCUCUUGCUUUAGCUUGUGAGUACGGACAUGAGGAAACUGUACGAACUUUGCUCGAAAACGGAGCCAGUAUCAAUAUACGUACAAUUAAAGGAACUGCUGAAGAUGUUGCACUUCAAUACGGACAUGAAAUCAUUGUUCAAGUGUUAAAAAGAACAACAUUGCAAAAAAAAUAAUUUAUUGCAAAGAAAACGGAGACCAUUUCAAUCCCAGAGUAUGUUAAUAUCGAUGAAAACAUUUAUAACUUCAAACAUAUGUUUGAUUGGAUAUACGUUCACGAAAAAGUUUUUUUCAAACAGUGGAAAAAAAUCAAAUGAAAUCUGUUAAGCAUUGCUUUCUUCUUCAAAAUGUGAAGAAUGGGAAAUUAUUUUUUUACUUGAAGCAGCGUCCAUGUACAACACCGGUAUUAAGAUUUUUUUUACAAAUGAAAUAUGAUGCUUAUCCUGAUAAGAAUACUUUUUUAUGUUCAUAAAUGCAGAUUUAUAAUUGGCAGGGAUCUAUACCACGUGACAAAAAAGUAUUCAUAUAGAAAGGUUAAUUUUGGUGGGGUGUUUAAUACUAUAUACGAUGGUUGUCUAAAAAGAUCCUGGACAAUAGCAGUUUUUUGUUUCAAUUUAAAUGGGUUCAUAUAUUUACAUAUUUCAUACCUAAAUGCUUGUCAUAAACUUCUGAAUCAAACUGUAUUAAUUUUGAA